AGAAAUUGGUGAUGAUGAUGUAGAGGUCAAUGGUGUUGAAAAUGAUGCGAAUGUCGCGCCUGAGAAGUCUGUCAUUUCUGAAGCUGGUGUCGAGCUAAAUGCUGUUGAGAAUUACGCGAAUGUCGUGCCUUUUGUUGUAGAAAUUGUUGAUGCUGGUGAAGAGGUCAAUGCUGUUGAGAAUGAAGCAAAUGGGGAGCCUGUUGUUGUAGGACUUGGUCAUGCUGGUAAAGAGGCUGUUGAGAAUGAAGCAAAUGUCGAGCCUGUUGUUGUAGAACUUGGUCAUGCUGGUGAAGAGGUUGUUGACAAUGAAGCGAAUGUCGAGCCUCUUGUUGUAGAAAUUGGUCAUGCUGGUGAAGAGGCUGUUGAGAAUGAAGCGAAUGCCAUGCCUCUUGUUGUAGAACUUGGUGAUGCUGGUCAAGAGGAUGUUGGAAUUUUUAAGGCUGCACAUGAGGAGCUUAGAGAUGAGGUACCUGCUCAAGGCGAGGAGGACACACAUUUGGACGGACAUGCGGACACAAACAUGGUGGUCGGUGAACAUGGUCUAUUUACCGAUGUAAAUUUCUAACCAUUAGACAACAUGUAAUGUUCUAGGAUGUACCAUUGUAGUGGUGCGGGUGCGGGAGAUAUUUCAAUCUAACUUCAAACAAUUUUGACUUUGAUUUUAAACACUUUUUCGUAUUUUAUUUAUGUUGGCUGAUUAUUGCGAACAGAUUUGUGAAAGUCAAGACAUUGACAUCAUAGAUGUCAUGAAU